UCCGAGUUUGAUUAGGUUAAGAAUGGGAUUUGAUUUAUAUUGUAGUUUGGUUUUGUUUUUAUUUAAUCAACGUUGUGUUUUGAUCUUGGGGCUAGCUACAUACAUUGUGACAAACAAUUAAUUUUGAUAUGGUGACUCGGUUAUAUCAAAUUUACUGAUUAUGGCUGUUGAUUGUGUGACUCUAUUGUGGAUCUUCAUUCUCUUGGCUUGUUGGUUUCCGCGUCCAUUGACUGCGGUGUGGGAUGCUCGGAUACCUGAGAUGUGAUAAGGAAUUUCGAGAAACCUGUUGAAGUUUCACGAUACAUGUUCUGCUGCUCUAGACUAACUAGACUGGGGGAGAGGAUGGUGAGCAUGAAUUCAACUUUAGUUGAAACAGUCAGCAUUAAUUAUGAGGAUUUCAACGAAAGUUUUCUUACAUGCGGUACCUGCUUAUAUCGCAUAUGGAAUGGUAUGUAUGAUGGCCAGGAACAUACACCAAAACUUCUUCAAUGUUCUCAUACAGUAUGUUUACAUUGUCUUACUCGAAUAGCUGCGUCUCAGACCAGAGACACUGGUUCUUUUAGGUGCCCAAUAUGCCGAGAAUUAAUCAAUAUACCAAGAGGUGGUGUGUCAGCUCUACCUCCUUCUUUUCUAGUCAAUCAACUGUUGGAUUUGAUGUCCAGACAAAGAAGAGAGGUUAUACCGAAGUGUUCAGUUCAUAUCAAUCAGGAAUUGUUAUUUUGUGAGACAUGUGACACAGUGUUUUGUACAUUAUGUACUGGUGGUUCUCACAAUGAUGCUGCAAAUAGUUGCGAACACACAAUUAUACCCUUCUCUAUAGCCAUCAAGAGGAUGUCAGAGAUUUUGUUGUAUAAGGCAAAUGACUGCAUUUCGAAGUUAACACAGGCUCAAGAAGGGGUGAGUUCAGAACUUAGUAAAUUAGUUUUAGCAAAAGAGUCUUGUUUGGAAAAAAUCGAUGAUACAUUCCAACAAAUGCAGACUCUCAUAGACCAAAGAAAACAAGAACUCAUUGAAAAUGUAAAUACAAUGUACACUGACAAAAAACGAGUAUUGGAGGAACAACAUUCUCUCAUUGAAAAUGAGAAAAAUAAGGUUGAACAAGAAUGUCAAGGCCUUCAAUAUCAAGUAGAAGUCCGCAACAUUACACAACGAAUCGAAAUUUUAUCAGAGAAGUUGGACUCAACUUUGGCACUGGGCGAGCCUCGAGAAAAUUCAUUCUUGACGUGUAAUUUCAACUUGAAUGAUAGUUUGGAACAGAUUCAGCAGCAUCUCAGCGUUUUGGGAAAAGUAAGAACCAGUACAACAUUUCCUAGCCUUUGCACUGCUAAAUUAGAGGAAAAUGUUGUGGCUGGGAUCGAAAAUUUCGUUACUCUCACCACUGUGGAUUACCACGGAAAUGUUCGAAAGACAGGUGGAGAUCCUAUACAAGCUGAACUUCAAUUGGUUACACCAGGAGAGUCGAGCCAAACCUUCCCGGUACGUGUUGUUGACUGUGAUGAUGGUACUUAUAAAACGUAUUUUCGAGCACCCAAAGCUGGUCGCUAUGGAAUUCAAAUAUCUGUGAUCGAUAGACCUAUCAAGGAUAAUCCGUUAUAUUUCGAUGUUUCUGAGCAUAAUAAUCCAGUUUGUAUAUAUGGAACUAAAGGCAGUGGAAAAGAUGAGUUCAUGCAACCUGUAGCAGUUGCUGUAGAUGAGAGAGAUCAGACUAUUUACGUACUCGAUACAGGAAAUUCCAGAAUUAAAGUACUGAAUGAAAAUUUGGAGUUUCUUAAACAUAUUACAAAUGAAGGACUGCUUGGAAGAAGUUGUACAGGUAUCGAUGUUUCAAAUGAUGGUGUUAUCGUAGUUAACUGGAGGACCAAGUAUAUCACUGAGAUGACCAAUAAUGGUGAAACAAUAAAAUCCUUCACUAAUAAUGCUUUUCAAGAGCCAAUCGAUCUGGCAGUUGAUAAGAAUUAUGGUCACAUUUUGGUAGCAGAUAAUGGAAUGAGUUGUGUAUUUGUUUUUGAUGCUGAUGGAAAAAUAUUGUUUCAGGUUGGAAAAAAAGGAACAUUCAGUUUGAUUUCUUCUGUUGCUGUGGGCCCAUUAGGAGAAAUAAUCGUCGCAGAUUCUCGAGUGCAAAUGUUCUCGGCCAAAGGAGAUUUCAUGGAAGUAGUCUAUGAUGAAGGAAAAGGUAAGGGGCGCUAUGGUGGAGUUUCAGUGGAUGCAGACAACAAAAUCCUUCUGACAAGAACUGAACAAAAAGGAAGAUCUUACGUACAGCUUCUCUCUUUGACUGAACACUCUCUAAAUCAGUGUAUAGAUUCCUAUGAUGCUAAACUCAAACGUCCAAGUGGCUUGGCAGUAACUAAUGACAAUCACGUUAUUGUUGUUGAUUUGGGCAACAACUGCAUAAAAAAAUAUCGGUACUGGUGAAAUGUCAUAAUGUAUUUGCUUUUUCAAUUGUUGGCUCCGACAACAUUUACAAAGCUUCAAAUAAGACCUAUCAUCAGUUUUGUAAGAAAAAAAUUUGAUAAAUCUAUUGCAACUGGUUUUAAUCUCUCAAGAGCUGUAAUAUGAGGCGCAACAUUGUGAAGAAUUGAUUGAGCUCUCUAUUUAAAACAUUCAGAUUACUUUAUAAUGGUGCGUCCAAUAUGCAUGAAGGAAUUGAAUAAGAGAUAUGCUGUCGACUUGAAAAUGCCAGUUUUGAUUUGCUUUGUUGGUUCAGGGAAGUUUUUAUUUGCUUUCUACUCAUUUUUUUGUCAUAUGGGUCCAGUUUUAGUUUUUCAAAGUGGCUCUACUCUAGAUAUAACCAUUCUUAGAAAUAUAAAAAUAAACCAUGCUAAUGAUAUGAUGUUUUUUACAUCAAGUUGAAUAUCAUAUAACUGGAACCUCUCGUAUAAAAUGAAUCUAUUGAAAACUCUUUUCCCUUGGAAUAAAAAUACUGCCUCUUGUCUUACGUUUUACUGUUUCGCAUCAUCAGUAGAUGGCUAAAAUACAUGAGUUUUAGUUAUAUUCUGAUGACACUAACUUAGUUAACGAAAUGCAUGUCAAGGGAUAGUAUUUUUGUUCUGCUAUAGGAAAAAUGU